ACAGGAGGCGGGGCCGGCGCUGCUGCCGGGUGCUGGAGGCGCCAUUGGAGCCGGCUUGGCUUUCGAGCCCCGCUGAAGAGGCGGAGGGUUGGGCCGUAGUUACCGCCGAGUCCACAACUGGUUCUUAGCCCCCUAAGCGGCAUGGCGUGCGGGGCGACGCUGAAGCGGCCCAUGGAGUUCGAGGCGGCGCUGCUGAGCCCCGGCUCUCCGAAGCGGCGGCGCUGCGCCCCUCUGCCCGGCUCCACUCCGGGCCUCAGGUCCCCGGACGCCGAGCCUCCGCCGUCGCUGCUCCCGAUGCAGACCCCGCCGCCGGCUCUGCAGCAGUCUGCCCCGCCCGGCAGCGAGCGGCGCCUUCCAACGCCGGAGCAAAUUUUCCAGAACAUAAAACAAGAAUAUAGUCGUUAUCAGAGGUGGAGACAUUUAGAAGUCGUUCUUAAUCAGAGUGAAGCUUGUCCUUCAGACAAUCAGCCUCACUCCUCAGCACUUACAGCACCUAGCUCUCCAGGUUCUUCCUGGAUGAAAAAGGACCAGCCCACCUUUACCCUCCGACAAGUUGGAAUAAUUUGCGAGCGUCUCUUAAAAGACUAUGAAGAUAAAAUUCGGGAGGAGUAUGAGCAAAUCCUCAACACCAAAUUAGCAGAACAAUAUGAAUCUUUUGUGAAAUUCACACAUGAUCAGAUUAUGCGACGAUAUGGGACAAGGCCAACAAGCUAUGUGUCCUGAGGCUUUCUUGCAUAUCUGGGUACCAGGUUUAACCUCAAGAGAUGGCUGCUGUACACUUUUUGCAACUGGUUUGAUAUCACAUUUCAGCUCCAACUUUGCAUCCUGAGAACACUUAAAUGUUUCUGCGGGUCCAUUUUUAUACAACUUGAAAGACCUUGAAACUUUCUGGUUGCCACAAGCAUAUCUUUCUUUUCUGCUCAUCCAAUAAACAGCUGUGCCCUACUGUGAUAGAUUUUCCAAACAAAAUACCUGGAGCAGCAGUUUAGCAAAAUAUGCCUUCAGUGGCACUCAACAAAUGGAGUUUCCCCAAGCACAGUUCUGUAAGAAGUGUGUGUGAGAAUGUGUAUAUGUGUGUAUGUGUAUUUUAAGUUAUUAUUUGUAUUGUGCAACUUUUUUGAUCUUGGGGAUUCUGGCUGUGAAUUUGAUACACAACAAUUAUGGUUGAAAACAUUUGCUUGGUCUACAGAAGAUCAUUAAUGUUUUGUGACCAUAUAAGUUGUAACAGUGGAUUGUUUUAUGUAUAGGUAUUAUUGUUAAAUACAGGGACUGUUUCCAGGCACAGAAUAUGAAUCAUAAGUUAGAGUGGACAUUAGAUGUGAUUAUGAUGACAUAGUGAAGGUCUGCAAUCCUAGGUGUACAAGCAUGUGGUGAGGCAUUAGAACAACUGGAGACAGGCCAUUUGACACAUGGACUCUGCCUGGUCAUGUUAGAGAAAUACUUUGACUCCAAGCCUUAAAAUAUCUAUAUGGAGUCUGCGCUCACCUAAUUCACUCAAUCAGAACUCCCUGGACACUGACCCUCCAAGGGGAAAGAUUGCCUCUGGAGCAAGAGCAUCAUCAGGGUUGGCUCAGGAGCAUAGCAUAGGUGAGCACAUAGCAUAGGCUAGGCCCAGCAGCACUGCUAAAUUGGGAGGAGCCACUUCACCUUCAUAACAGUCAUUACAAAUAGAAUUUGG